GAGCAGAGAGAUCAAGCUGGAGGAGGUCUCAGCGUUCCCAUGAAGAAAACAGGACAACAGGGCCCUGGGAGCCCCUCUCCAUCCAGCAACCAAUAUGGGACAUCCAGGGACGUGUCAGAGCAGAUGUGCCCUCAUCCGCCUUCCCAGGAGGAGGCCAGCAACGUCACUUCAGUGCCCCACCCAAAAAACACAUCCUGUAGCAUGGAGCUGUUUAACCCCUGGCGGGACCUCCGGUGGUACCAGAUCCCCUUGUCAUCUUCAAGGAGGCCCAAAGCAGGCCUGUUCAGUUUUACAUUCCAGUCCAGCCUGGAGGAGUACCAGCAGCUCCGGAAGUCGAAAAACCUGAAAAUCGGCCGGCCCUUCUCCAUGCCUCCUCUGUCUGCUUUACCUUUGAUGCUCACCGAUGGCUCUCAGGAAAUGCCACACAAGCGGCAAGACAGCCACAGGCGCUCAAGAGCUGGUGAAGAUGGUGGCAAAAGCCUCUCCCACAGAGAAGAGCCUCAGACCUCCUUGCGACAGAUGCACACAAGGUCCCAGAAAUGCAGGUCAUCUGCCCGCUUUUCGCCCAAGAGAGACACCUGCUACUUGGGAACUUUUGGGCAGGGACAGAAAAAUGGGCCCAGCAGCAGCCCCAGGAAGAAACAGAAGCAGGUAGACCCUGGCCACUCCGAGCCAGACCUCUUUUUGGAUCAUCUUGGCUUCCCUCAUUUGUCUACCCCUGGAUGUCCCCUGGCAGAGGCAUCCAGAAGUGGCAAUAGCUCCAGCAUGUGGGGCAAUCCAUGUUCUCCACAUGAGGAAGAUCAGGAGGACAAUAUGUUCCCUCCAGACUGGACUCCACCCCGGAUUGAAUUCCUCUACGAUGAAGAUCCGCCCCCUUUGAGCCCUGCCCCAGGCCCCGCAUCUGAGUCUCAGAGUUCAGGGGAGAUGCCUGAUAUCACCAAAGAACCAGCUGGGCUGCAGGGGAUGGAGUUCAUAGUCGAGGACUCUUCCCCACCUGGGGACCAUCUGCAUUUCCUCGAGGAACCUGUGGUCCUGCAGCCAAAGGAUGCAACCCUUUUGGAGCUGGAGGGAGCUAGCCCAGAACAGUCCAGGCCCAGUCUCUGUCAAGUGGCAAAUGAGGAGCUAGAAGGAACCUUGGUCGAGGACCUAACUGAGGCAAACAGCCAGAGGGCCUUAGAGUUGGAAGGUCCGUUUCUACUGUCUCCUAUCCAUCCACUGGCAGGACCAUCUACAGUGUAUUUUAGAAGCAGCGUCUCAACAUCUUUGGAUGAGCUUGCAGGGGACCCAGAGAGGCUGACCUGGGAGUCGGAUGAAGAGGGAGACCUGCGCCCAGAAUUUUCAUCAUCUCCAAUCCCUGUCCAUCUACUGAUGACAUCGUCCAGGAUCGAUUCUAGAAACAGCAUCUCAGCCUCUUCCUCCAACGAGCUUUCAGGUGACCCAGGGAGACUGACUUUGGGCUCAGACAUGGAAGAAGACGUUGAUGACAGUGACCUCGUGCCACUCAGAGACCUCCUUCAGAUGGGCAACUCGAAUCCAGGCUCUGUGGAGCUGGACACAUUCCUUUCUUCAGAGCCAGAUUGUUAUCUCAGCAGCUUGGACAAGCUCCUCAAGGAGAAAAGGGAACAGACUCAGGCAGAUGAAGAGCUGGAGAGAAACUUGGGGAAGAGGCUGCUGCUCUCCAACUCCUCCAGUUUGGCGGAGUCAGCUGACGAAAAUGCAUGGUUGUUUCCCAAGGCUCACAGGUUAAUCCUGGAGCAAUUCUCCAUCAGCCAGGGCACAAUCCCAGCUGUGCAUCCCGGCGAAUGCAUUUUUGUGCUCUCUCCCUGCCGGAGGACUGCUGUGGCCCUUGAUGCGGCUGGGCUGAAGCCACAGAAUCAGCUGGAAAGUUUUUUCUUCGGCUCUCAGUUUGCCCUCCAGAUGGCGCUCCUCCAAGAUGGUUUUCUUGGCUCCCUGUACCUUGGCAUAUCCCAGUGCCCUCAUCCUGUCCUGCAGUGGCUAUUCCAGUUGAUGUCUUUGAACCCGGACGUCUCAGCUGAUGCCUUCCAAGCCCUUUGGGAAAUCAGCACUCAUCAGGUCACUUCAUCUGCAGACAAGGUCCGCCCAGAUCUUUGGUGCCCGAAGUUGAAGGACAUCACAGACACCUUCUACAAUUUGGGAGCCUGUUCAUCUGCCUUGUACCCUCCUGGGCUUGUUCAGCCAGAAUUCAGACCUAAAGGCUUAGAGUUUUCUGAGCACCCCCUUGGAUCUGCAGACAUUAAGAGUGAGAGCCUUCCUGAGGGAUCCCCCUGGCAUCUCACCUUGACAUCAGUGCUUGGAGAUAUAUUUAAGUUCCUGACAUUGUGUGUGGCAUCCCAUCCACACUGCUACCCUGACUGCCAGCGCUUGGCCCUUCUCGUGCUGCUGUGCCGGCUUAGCUUGGACAGGAACCUGCGGAAGCAGCCGCAGAUGGAGCUCCAGCAGCUGCUGCUGGUCCUACUUGAAGGCAUUCAGGACUGGUUGGCAAAGCUGCCAGAAUUGUGCAGAUCCCUCUGCUCCGUCUCACAGCAUCAUCACAACUUGGUAGCUGUCGUGCGCUCCUUUCCUGACACCACAGACAGAGGACGACAACUGCGCAGAAACUUGAGCCUGUGUUUCAUUACAAAGCUGCUGGGAAAGAUGCAGGUGGCAAUGAGCCCUUGGCAAGAAGAGAUCCAGUUGCAACAGCUUGUCCAUCUCCUCCCCCUCAUGAAGCCUGCCUUUUUGAAGCAGGGCCUACAGCAGGAACAGAGGCUUCGGGAGCAGCCUGGGAGAGACCAGCAGGAGGCACUAGCUGAACUUGACCUGGAGGCCUGCUACCUCUGCUACAGCCUCUUGAUAUUGGCCAAUGUAAUUGUGGGAACCACAGCUGUACCUUUGAGAGAUCAGGAACAUCUCCAGCAGCUCAGCACCCAGCUGCAGCGACACAUCAGUGCCAGCAUACGGGAAGACCCCUGCCUCAUGUACCGGACUGAGCUCAAGGACCUGGCCGCUCAAACCUUUGUCAAGUGGGAGGAGCUGCUGUCUCGGGGCUGGCUCAAGAUAACCCCCUGCAGGGCCAGAGUGAAAACAUCUGAUGGGGCAGAGCCCAAGAAGCAGGACUUUGCCGGAGGGAACAGCAGCAGAGGAGCCCCGCAAAGCAGUUUGGGGGAGUAAGUCAGGUGCUCCUCCUCCGCUCCUUGUCCAUCCUAGUUCCUCAGCAGCAGAAGCAGUUUAACUUGGAUUUCUAACCUUUUCAUUUUUUAAGGAGAAAAGUUCUUUCAAGGGCUAAGCUAACAAUGUUUGCUAUUUAUUUACACAACCGUGUGCCGUUUAAGAAGUGUGCUUUCAAAGCAAAUGCUCAAGGAAGGAAUAUAUCCACCCCUCUCUCUGCACAGAGAAGGCCAAAAUAAAUGUCAUUUCUAAUGGAUUUUAUUUCUCUCUUCCUGGCUGGGCCCCGAGGUUGUAACAGUAAGCGCUCUACUGCAUUGAGAUGGGCCCACAUCAAGGGCGUGGAAAUGACUUUUAAAAACAUGCUGGAUUCUUGUUAGUUAUAGGAAAGAUCAGGAAGAGGAACUGGAGAAAAUAGAGGCUAUAUCCCCUGUAUUGCUGGAGGGUCUA